UGCUUUUAAAGUAAUUUAUUAAUUUUUCUCUAAUUACAGCAUUUGACACUCUGUACCAAAGAAAUGGUGAUGGAGAAGCCAAGUCCCCUGCUUGUAGGGCGGGAGUUUGUGAGGCAGUACUACACUUUGCUAAAUAAAGCUCCUGACUUCUUGCACAGGUUUUACGGCAGGAAUUCCUCUUAUGUCCAUGGUGGACUGGAUGCCAGUGGGAAGCCCCAGGAAGCAGUGUAUGGCCAAGCUGAGAUUCAUAAGAAGGUGAUGUCCCUACAGUUCAGUGAAUGUCACACUAAGAUUCGUCAUGUUGAUGCACAUGCGACCUUGAGUGAUGGUGUAGUUGUGCAGGUCAUGGGGGAACUGUCUAACAACGGGCAACCAAUGAGGAAGUUUAUGCAAACUUUUGUUCUGGCUCCAGAAGGAUCUGUUCCAAAUAAGUUCUAUGUCCAUAAUGAUAUAUUCCGCUAUGAAGAUGAAGUAUUUGGAGACUCUGAGGCUGAACUUGAUGAAGAAUCGGAAGAAGAGGUUGAAGAGGAGCAGGAAGAAAGGCAGCCAUCCCCUGAGCAAGUGCAAGAGAAUACAAGCAGUGCAUACUAUGAAAGCCACCCUGUAACCAAUGGAAUGGAGGAGCCUUUGGAAGAAUCAUCUCAUGAGCCUGAGCCGGAGUUGGAAUCUGAAACAAAAACAGAGGAGCUGAAAUCUGAAGUAGAAGAAAAGAAUCUUGAAGAGCUAGAAGAAAAAUCUCCAUCCCCACCGCCUGUAGAACUUGUUUCUCUACCACAAGAACCUCCAAAGGCUUUCUCUUGGGCUUCAGUGACCAGUAAAAACCUGCCUCCUAGUGGUACUGUUUCUUCCUCUGGAAUUCCACCCCAUGUUAAAGCACCAGUCUCACAGCCAAGAGUUGAAACUAAACCUGAAGCUCAGUCUCAGCCACCCCGUGUGCGUGAACAGCGUCCAAGGGAGCGACCGGGUUUUCCGCCAAGGGGACCAAGACCAGGUCGAGGGGAUAUGGAGCAGAAUGAAUCCGAUAAUCGCCGAAUAAUUCGUUACCCAGACAGCCAUCAGCUCUUUGUUGGCAACUUGCCACAUGAUAUUGAUGAAAAUGAACUGAAAGAAUUCUUUAUGAGCUUUGGAAACGUGGUGGAACUUCGCAUCAAUACCAAAGGAGUUGGAGGAAAACUACCAAACUUUGGCUUUGUGGUAUUUGAUGACUCUGAGCCAGUUCAGAGAAUCUUAGUUGCGAAACCCAUUAUGUUUCGAGGAGAGGUGCGCUUGAAUGUAGAAGAGAAAAAAACAAGAGCUGCCCGUGAAAGAGAGACCCGAGGCGGUGAUGAUCGUAGGGAUAUUCGGCGCAAUGAUAGAGGGCCCGGGGGUCCCCGUGGAAUAGUGGGUGGUGGAAUGAUGCGGGACCGUGAUGGAAGAGGACCUCCUCCCCGGGGUGGCAUGGCACAGAAACUUGGCUCUGGAAGAGGAACCGGGCAAAUGGAAGGCCGUUUCACAGGACAACGUCGUUGAAAUCCUCCACUGUUGGCAGACAGUCUUGGCAGUGGUACAUUAUUCGUCGUGUUUGCAUUCUUGUUAAUUUUUUUGGCUUUGGAAUGU